CAACACACAACCGUCUCCUCAGUAAUGUGGCGCUGAAAGACUUAGCUAGAGAGCUAAAAGCUUUUCUAUUAUGGAGAAUUAUGUGGUUGUAGAUGUGAUGUGUCCAGGGUCCUUUGGUAUGACCUUUUUAGUAGAAGACAGAAAUUCUGGCUUGGAAUACACAUUGAAGAAGGUGGAAUGUUUGGAUGAAACUAGAGCCAAUCGAAGCCUACAGGAGGCUUUGUGUCUCCUCAAUGUGAAUCACCCAAACAUCGUCAGAUACAGAGAGUUAUUCGUAUUGUGGGAUAAACAUAUAACAUCGUCCAUGCUUUCAAUGGUGAUGGACUGUCCAUAUAUGACCACCCUCAAAAUAGUCAUCUCAUCUCAAAGGGAGCAAAAAGAGAAGUUUGAAGACAAGUGUAUUCAGAUGUUCUUGGGACAAAUGGUGGAUGCACUGGCCUACCUUCACAACAGAAACAUUUUACACAGAAAUCUGAAACCAUCCAACAUUUUGAUGAGCAGUGACUCUGUCUUUCGCAUAUGUGAUUUUGGAACAGCAACUAUCACACAAGAUCGAGCAAAGAUUCAUAUAAGAAUCAAAGAGAGUGAGAAGUGCUGGAUGGCCCCUGAGAGCGUGAGACUGCUCCAGUGGAGUGACAAGUCUGACAUCUGGUCACUCGGCUGUGUCCUCCUGGAUAUGCUGAUAUGUCACAUACUCAAUGAGGAGGCCUCUUUGUCACAGUUGAGUCAAUUGAGGCAAGACCUCAGUCCUUUGGAUUUCAUCAUAUGCAAAGACCUUCGCAAGCUCCUCACCAGGAUGUUAAGCCACAAUCUGAAAACUAGAGCCAAUGUCUGGGUGCUGGCAAAUGAAGCUCUUGUGAAACAAUGUCUGAUUCUCUGUGGUUCUUCACCACAUUCAAUUAAGCGGACUCUUCCUCAAGGAGUCACUGGGCCGCCAUUCCAUGAAGGGAUUGACAGUGUUUUGGAUUUUAUGAUGACUUAUACCGAUGUGGAGGCCAUUCAACUUUCUGUUCUGUCACACCUACUGAAGGUGGAAAGAAAUGCCUUGGGCAGAAUUGGUGAUGUGGUAGAGGCUGUGACUUCUGCUAUGCUCAGCCACUCUGAGUCAGCUUGCAUUCAGCUGAAAUCAUUCCAGCUCCUACAACUGCUUCUAUCUGCAGGACAGUAUAUUGACAAGGACUGUUGCCUGUGUGGAGAAAAAGUUAUUUCCUGUGUCCUGGAAGCUGUGCAGAACAAUCCAAAGAACACAGAUCUGCUAGCUAAUGCCUUUCAAGUGCUCUUGCUCAUUUCAGUAAAUGAGAAAGCCUGUGAACUGAUUGUGAAACUGGACAGUGUUCGUCAAGUAUUGAAUACAUUGAAGGACUACCCGCAGGAGAAGGAUAUCAUCAUCCCUUGCUGCAAAAUCAUACAGUGUACACUGGAAAAAGGCUAUGGUGCUCCAGAAUCAUUUCCAGAUGCUGUUGAGACUUUGUGCAUUGUGGGUGAAAUGCAUCUGCAAGAUGCAGUUGUGACAGAAUGCUUGUGUGCUGCACUACAGUUUCUGAUUAGUCAAGCUCUACAUGAAGAGAAAGAUAUUGAAAAGGCUACUUGUGUCUUGAUGCAUGAACUCAAAAGUCAUCCAAAUGAAGCUACUAUAGUGAACCAUGUGUUUGUCGCCAUGGCCGGUUUAAUCAAAACCUCAGAGACUGCUGCUUUACAGCUUCUCCAUGUACUAGAUGAAAGGAAUGGUGUUUAUCACAUCAUAGCCACGCGAAGACAUCAUUCGGAUUGCCCAAAAGUCACAGAGAACUUUUGCAAUCUUCUGAAGCAGCUGGUCCAACAUGAUGCUAUCAUUCCUGAAUUGCUUGCUGAAAAUGUACAGGAAGAAUUGGAGCAGAUAUUGCAACAAUAUGAGUCCAUCACGGAGACUGUACUGUUGGCACAGGACGCCCUGUCGAAAAUGAUGAGCCUUAAUGACGUAGAGUCGACAAGUUCAGCAUGACCACCUCCGGCACAUCACUACUAAUAUAGUGAACUAACACAUAUUGUAAUGUUUGGAUACAGGGCUUUGGACUCAGGUCUACAGUGCUGUCUGUGGAUACUGUGACAAUCUUGUUGUUGUUGUCCAGAAAUGCUUGGAGUACUAAGAAUUGUUACCUAGAUCACAAACAGCAUCACCAGAUGAAAGGCAAAUUUCUGUCCACCCUUUUCUCAAAUUCUGAUUAAAUUAUAUGCACUUUGCAAGUCAAGCUUAGUGUAAUCACCUACAUCUUACACUUGCUAUUCUAAAAAAAAAAAGUAUCAGCUUUUCCUUCAUGCCAAUCAAACAACUAUGCUGUAGAUUCAGUAGAAGAUGCUGUACCUUGUAUAUCUAGACUUUAGAGAGUAUACUCAAGAACCUCUUGCUUAAGGUUGCACCAGGCCCUCCAAUUCACCGGCACCAGCAGGGAUUUUUCCGUGGAGAAGAAGGGAGCAGGGUCAUCACCUCCGUAUUGAUUACAUGUGAAUAAGAUUACCAUGAAGCCCCUUGAUGUUCUCAUUUUAGAACCACUUAGAAGAGCCUGUUAUUUUACAAAACUUGAUUUAUGCAGCACCUAUAACAAGUGGAAAACAAGUGGAAGACAGAUUUCAUCACAAGCUUUUGCCAUUUUGAAUAUUUAGUUAUAUCAUAUAGCCUGGCUAAUGCCCUUGAUCUUCCAGUCUUUUAUUAAUGAGAUCCAGAGAGAUAUGCUAGACUACAAGAGCUUAUAUUUACACCAUGGUGAUGCAGGGGCACUGCUGAUUGACAAGCUUUCAUUGAGCUGUUUUGCUCUUUCAUCUGGUACUCAGUAACUGUGUCAGUCACAAUAAAGUCUUUGUAUUCAUGAAUACUUGGGACAAACUGCAUCAGUAGGCUCGGUUUGUGAUCUCACAAAACUGGAUAAA